CGUUCGGCACCUGGUGGGGAGGUCCGAGUACAGAACUACAUUUCCCAGUGUGCAGCAGGCUCUGGGAAGGCGCUUUUGGUAUUCGGCUUGACUGGGGAGUCGCGGCUGUCGCUGUCGCUGCUGCCGUCGCGGGCGCAGACCUGGUGAUGGUUCCAGUCUUUGGCUACUGUAUCCCAGCACAGGAUGCUGCUUUGUACUACCAGUACCCACAAGCUUGAGACUGUUUAUGACCAUAAGUUUCUAAAGAUGUCUAUCAAAGAGUCUUGUGGAAAGGAAGAAAAGUCUCAGAAAAAACAGACUUCUUCACCAACUUUUGAUGAAGACAAGAAAGAGGGAGAAAUCUCAGCAGGUUCUACUAGUUCAGAAUACUGUGUUAAACCUGUUUCAACCAAGAAGAGAAAACUGAAACCAGAUGAUACAGACAUUGUAUACUAUAAUACAAACAGAAAACACAGUCUGAAAAGAUUGAAUGUAGAAGUUGGCAUGCCUAAAAAGAGACCAAAAUUCAGUUCUUCGACCCAAGUAGCAUCAUAUUUAAAUAAUAAUCAAAUUACUUCACAUAGUUGUUCAUCAAAUGGAACUAAAGAUACUAAACUUAAAGAUUGUAAAUUGAGAAAUGUUGGAAGUAAGCUUGAUUAUGAAAUAAAAAAACAUAGCCACAUUAAAAUUACCAAAGAUUUGAAAUCUAAAGCUGAAGGGCAGACAAAGGAAAAGAAUUGGCCUUCUUUACUUAUUCAGAAGAAGAUGAAAGAACUCAAGAAAGAAAAAACCAAUAAAGACAGUUCUGAAGAACUGGAGAAAUGCAAGAAAAAUCAACUUCCUCAGAAUUAUAAUUUCAGCACUAUAACCAAGGAACCAUUUGAAUCAGGAAGAAAGAAGAUCAGCUUCAAAAUUCCAAAAAAGUCCUCUAGUGCCCUCCAGAAGCCUGUAGAAGAAAAUAUCUUUAGUAUAGAUUAUAGUAAGUCAAAGAUUAAGCAGGAGGAGAAGGAACACUUGCAAAGUCACCAGAUGUCACUAAAUCUGGCCAAGCACAAAACUGAAAACUUGUUUUCAGAUUCUACACAUAAACAGACUGUUGGUGAGCAGUUAAGAAAGUACCAUUGUGAGCACCAAAAAAUGAAUGGUUCAGAUUCUCAGGAAAAUCAUACCCAGGGUUUUGAAACGCCAUGUUCUUCAGUGUCUUCUGAGAAUAUCCAAGAUACAGAUGAAGAGAUGCAGAUAGUAGAAGAGCUCCAUGCUGCACGUGUGGGAAAAAGCGUGGAUUUGCCUGUGGUUCCACCAUCUGGAGAGUUAAUGAGUAUGGAAAUUGACUUGGUGGAAGAUGAUGUACAUUCUUCUGCUGGUAUACUCUCAAAUACUGCCUCAGACAAAAAGCUUCUAAUUGUUAUUGACACAAAUAUUCUGAUGAAUCAUCUCAAAUUCGUUAAAAUUUUGAAGACGACAGAAAUACCAGGAUUUGACACACUUGUGUUAAUAAUUCCCUGGGUGGUUAUGCAAGAGCUAGAUCGUAUGAAGGCAGGAAAAUUACUAAAACAUGUCCAGCAUAAAGCUAUACCUGCAAUUCAUUUUAUCAACGACAGCCUCAAAAGUCAAGAUAGAAAGCUAUGGGGUCAGUCAUUACAGCUGGCGUCCCAAAAACUUUAUGGAUUGAGUGAUGAGAACAAUGAUGAUCGAGUAUUGAAGUGCUGUCUUCAGUACCAGGAAUUAUUCCCAUGUUCCCUUGUUAUUCUGUGCACGGAUGAUAGAAAUUUAAGAAGUAAAGGCCUGAUAAGUGGUGUGAAGUCACUCAGUAAAGAAGAACUGGAUACAGAGAUAAUAAAUUUAACUCUGAACACAGAUUUGUGUCUUCAGCCUUGUAUUUCUAAGCAGCAGUUGAAACCAGAAGUACCACCUGUAGAAGAGACUUCUAAGGAAGAAUCUUCAAAUUCUGAACUAUCCAUUCUACUUGAACGCAUUAUAUGUGAUCUUGAAAAAUGUCUUGGGACAGCUCUAUCUUCAAUAUUAGAAACAGAAAUGAAAAUUGCUUUUGGAAAUCUUUGGAUGGAGGUGCUGUAUUUGAAACCACCGUGGACUCUAAUAAAUCUAUUACAGUGUUUUAAAAAACAUUGGCUGGCUGUAUUUGGAUUAGUUAUGGAAAAUAACUUGCUUGUAACUAUUGAGAGCCUAUAUGAAAAUCUCUCUAAAGCAAAUAAGGCAGUGGAUUUUACAACAGUGAAAUUCUUGCUUCAGGAUUCUAAAAGUUUGUUACAUGCCUUCAGUACAAGGUCAAAUUACGAUGGAAUUCUUCCCCAGACCUUUGCUCAAGUAAACAAACUACUACAAGUACUUGCAGAGGUCAAGACAAAACGUAAGCCAAAUUCUUCAGAAAGCACAAUGAGUAAAAAGCAGGAAGACACUUCUUCGAUGAAGCUUCAUAACCAAGAAGUUCCCGUUUUCUUGGAUUCUCAUCUUCCCCAGUUCACCAGGCAUCAAGAAAUCUGGUCUGUCCUGGAGAAUGUUUGGACUUCAAUAUAUCAGAACAGCACAGAUGUAUUUCAAACACUGGACUCAAGUUCAACCCUGACAACUUCAAAAAUAGCAUCAUUUGAAGAAGCUUUUAUAUAUCUUCAAAAGUUAAUGGUGGCUGUGAAGGAUAUUCUUGAAGGAAUUCAAAGGAUUUUGGCUCCUAAUAGUAAUUACCAAGAUGUUGAGACUCUCUAUAACUUCCUAAUCAAGUAUGAGGUAAACAAAAAUGUCACAUUUACUGCCCAGGAACUUUAUGAUUGUGUUUCUCAGACUGAGUAUCGGGAAAAAUUAACCAUUGGCUGUCACCAGCUGAUUGAGAUGGAAUACACCAUGCAGCAAUGCAGUGCAUCUGUCUAUAUGGAGGCCAAAAGCAGAGGAUGGUGUGAAGACAUACUCAACAACAGGACUUAGUUCAUAGGAGGAAUGGCGUCUGUCUUCAUGAGGAACACAGUAACUUUCAACCUGGUUGCUUUUUUUGAACCAAACCUAGAAGAAUUAAAAAAAAAAAACAAAAAAAAAACACUUUCAUAGAUACAAAAAACAAAAUGUUGUAUUGACCAUCUCCUUGAAUCCAGUGUAGUAUAAACUGUAGACCCAAUUCUUCUGGAGUUGACAAAUAAUUCCUACCUCUAAGGAGAAGAGAGCCAUCUUCUCAGUGUUCCUGAGGCAGGAGUCACUGUGACACGAUGGCAGCCCACAGCCUUAUUAGUAUCUCUCCUGACCCUGAAUGUGAGCACAUGACCAGACACUGCCAAACCUAAAGACUUCAGACGUGACCAUGCUACCACAUUCCACAUGGACUGCUUUCGUGAACAAACUGUCAUUUAUAUAAAACUUGUGGGAAAACUCACCACUUCCUUCAGGGACAUGAAGUAGAAUUUGGAGCUAGCACCUUCUCUGUAGCUGCUUUGGAGAUGUCAUUUUUCUGUGUGUUUUCAGUAGGGAGGAGCCCCUCUGAUGUUUCCCCUUAAAUGGAAGCAGUAUGGAUUUAGGGAAUUGAAUGGCAGUGGCAGCUGUUUGCCCUACCUAAAACUCAAGUGUUUAAUUGACUUAGUUAUACAUUAAGUUGGAAAUCUGUGUUUACUGGAGUAUAUUAUGCUUUUGUUAAUAUAUUAGAUGGAAUCAAAUUUGAUAUUCUAUAAUGUUAAUUUAUUUUUUAAACAAUAAAUAACUUAUUUUAGUAGUA